AUGCCUAUGCUCAAGGAGUAUAACUAUCCUGUUUUUGCCCCUUCGAAGAUCAAGGCCAAGGGAGAGAAAUUCCGAGUAUUGGAUGGAACACCGGGACACACUGAAAACAUUACCGAGAUCGAAAACGUGAAAGAUAUUGUGGAGCAGUAUAGAACCUCAUGUGUUCUAGCAAUGGACGCAGGCUUUGAUGGGAUUGAAUUACUCUCCCAGGGUAGUGGCUAUCUUUUGCACAACUCCCUUCGCAGUCACUCCAACGCUCGAGCCGAUAGAUAUGCAGCAUCGGUGGAAAACCGAUGCCGAUUCCUCUUAGAGGUACUCGAUGCUAUCACGUCUGUUUGUGGCCGGCGGGCUGUGGGAAUCAAGAUAUGCCCAUCCGACGACUACAAUGAUACGAUGGUUAGCUAUGAAGAGUUGACAGAAGCCUACACAUGUUAUAUUCAGGAGUUGAUGAAGCGCAAUCUUGGCUUCAUUAAUCUUUCUCACAGGGGGUGUGAUGUUGGCAGAAACCAAGAUGAUUAUUUCAAAUCAAACCCUAGGCCGGAAGACAAGGCGCUGCCAGCGAAGUAA